GCUUGGUUUCUUCUGCUGGCGUCCUCCGCUCUGAUCCUGCAUCCGUCUCCCAACGACUCCUCCGACGCGUUUCCUCUACCGUCGCCAGACUCACCGAUUCCGCCCUUCGUUUCUUCUCGGAUCGCCUCUUCUUCUUCUUCUUCGACCUUUUUUCCGCCCCGUCGAAUUUUGACCUCGGGUUUUCGGAGGGCAGAGUGUCAGAUCGUAGGCCCUUAGCCUACAUCUUUUAAUCAGCUUUGAUCGGUCGAGCCAUUGUUGGAUUAUGCCACGGAGAUCGGUAAUCUUUCUUUCCUGAUUGUGGAACAGGUAAUAAGUAGAAUUUAGUAUUGCACUCUUCUGUGGCGUCGAUUGGUUUGCUUUUAACCCUCGAAGGGAUCAAUUUCUCUUUGAGGAUUUGUGUUUUGAUUUGAAAACAAAUUGGUUAUUGGUUAUUCAGCAAAAUUGGAUUUUUCAGUUGUUCGAGACGGUGCGGAUUUUCUGGAUUACAAUGUUUGACUAUUGAAUUUUUGUGUACACACUGGAGUAUUUAGUCUUAAGUUAACGAUCUUUUUUAUCCUUCUCGAAAUGAAAUAUAUUGGCCUCGGCAUCAAUUUUUCUGGAAAAACGUGAUCGUCUUUCCAAGUCAUUGUUUGUGAUCUAGUAAACGGUUUUUACUGGCUCAUUUGUCCUUUGGUUUUAAUGAACCAUGAACAGGUGCAUCAUCGAGGAUGCUAUCCCUCAACUGUCGUUUAGAUAUUCAAUUUGUUUUUAGAACCCUUUGAUGUUCCCAAGCAAGUUGUGUAUUUUAGAGAUAUAAAGCAAAUAAGAAAUAUGAUUCAUCUGAAUUGCAGAGGUGAAGUGCUUUGUUAUGCAAUUCAAUGACUGAAAUUAGUAAUAAAAUUAAAAAUGCAGAUGAUAUCUUAAUGGUUGCAGAGGUGAAUUGCAGAGGUGUGUGUGUUCUUCAUUUUCUUUCUUCUUUUAUUAGAAAAGACCUGAGAUGCAGUUAGUGUAAUCCCAUCAACUAAACUAUUUUUGUAGAAUUGUGGACUUAUUAAACAUCAAUGUGGUUCGCUUGGUGAAGAAUAAUUGGUGGUAGAUAAAGAACGAUGGCUAAGCCAUCAUAUAUUCUUAUACCUUGAAACUCGUACGAUUGGUGUAAUUUUGAAGUCCCAAUAGGAGCAUACCGUGUUCACCAAAAUAGAUUGAGGCACUGAAGGAAAAUCAAGAUUAUGCUUACAUGGGAUUUUAUCCCAUGAUGGCUCCAGGACACUAUAAAAUACAUGUUAAGAAUCAUAGAAUAUGAUUUACUUUUCAUUUUUCGACUAUAGGCAUCAAUAUUGAAGGAUUUCAUGUGCUGUGGAUCCUUUUCACCUGAUAUGUUUUGCUCUGUAUAAGACAUAAUCACUGAUUAGUCCUAUGAACAAGUCAGUUUUUGCCACAAGCCUUCAGCUAUGGUCCAUUCAUUAUCACUAGCAUACAAAUAUGUUAGUCCAUUCAUAGCAUCCCUUCUUUUUUUUUGUUGGUUCCUUCUCUCUUGGCAGUUGUCCCUCUUUAAUUUCUGUCAUUGUAUCAUUUGUUACAGUUUUUAAAAUUAACAUGCUGAUCUUGUUAAUUCUUGAAUGAGAAGCCAUCCAUCUUCAGUUUGUUAUCCAGAUAUAACACAUGCUCUCUUAUCUCAACUUGUAGAAACUGGUUGUUAAUUCUUGAAUUUACUUGUUACAUUAUUUUACUCUUUCUGUUUAUUUACUUGUUAUUUGGUUUGUCCAAAGAUAUUUAGCACUGUGCAUUAGAAUGAAGUGUAACCUGUAUUUGAAUUUUCAGAGCCAUUCUGCCGCUCAAAUCUGGAUAGCUACAUCAUAUUUAUGCAUAUUUUUUUAAAAAGAUAUUGGAGCUAUUCUUCUUUGCUUCUAUUUCAAAAAACUUGUUUGUAAAAGAAUAUAGAAGUUCAUAUCAGAAAAAUGAUUUAUGCAUGUCCUCUCAUAUAGAGCGGAAGACAUGAUAAAAAUUUAGCGCUUGCUAACAUUGCCUUUUGUGAUCACAGCACUAUGGUACUUAUUGCUAUUUGGUCUCAAUUGGUCAUUAGCUUAUGAAGUUUCUCGUCUUGGUGAAUUGGAACUCUUGUUGAGCACUUGAAGCAUAUUAAGAUAAAAUAUCAUGUCUAUGAUAAGGUCUGUAAAUUCAUCAGCUGCUUAUGGCGAAUCUAAUCUUUAUAAUACUGGCAAAGGUGGUAGCAGUAACUCUGCCUUAUCAAGGCACAGAUCAAGUGUGGAUAAGCAAGUUUAUAAUCAUGGACAUGCUUUGUACCAUUCAGACUACUAUCCCAAACAAUACUUCAAUUCGCCAUUAGAAAUGAUGCAUGCUAAUUCAUUUCACAUAUCGACAUCCACUAUUCCAGGUCAAUGUGUUCAAGUUUCUUCAGCUCCAUGUCAACUAAUGGCUAAUAUUCACUCUCCUACAGUAUCAAAUAAUCCUUAUGGUUCCUUUGAAGUUUGCCAUCCUGAUUCCUCAUCAAUCUGUAACAUUUCUCAUCAAACCUCUCAUUCUUUGUUGGGAAACGUGAGUCCAGAGCAAGAUAUAGAUUAUGGUGAGGAAGAAAUCAGAUUGAAGCUUCGAGAACUUGAGAAGGUUCUUUUGUAUGAUAAUGAGGACUUGGAUAUAGAUGAUUUUAUGGGAGUUGAUGAUUGGGGUGAGCCUAUCCAGACUCUAUUGCUUACAAACUCUCUGAAGGAGUCAUCUUCAUAUUCUAGCAUCAGUUGUGUUGACAGAAAUAAAGAACCUAGAACUGCCAAGCAGCUACUUUUGGAUUGUUCUGCUGCAAUAUCUGAAGGCAGUAUAGAGGAAGCACAAACAAUCAUAACUCAGCUUCGUCAAAUGGUUUCAAUUCAAGGUGAUCCUCAUCAAAGGAUUGCAGCCUACAUGGUGGAAGGUCUUGCAGCGAGAAUAGCCUCAUCAGGGCAAGGUAUUUAUAAGGCUCUAAAAUGUAAAGAACCCCCAACUUCUGAUCGUCUAUCAGCAAUGCAAAUUCUAUUUGAGAUCUGUCCAUGUUUUAAGUUUGGCUACAUGGCAGCAAAUUAUAUAAUUUUGGAAACAUGCAGAGAUGAAGAAAAUGUUCAUAUUAUAGACUUUGAUCUGAACCAAGGAGUGCAAUACAUCAACCUGAUACAAUCACUAUCAACAUGGCCAAGAAAACCACCACACAUAAGGUUAUCUGGGGUGGAUGAUCCUGAGUCAGUGCAGCGAUCAGUUGAAGGCUUGAAAGUUAUUGGUCAAUGUCUUGAGAAGCUAGCAGAGGAUCUUGGUGUGCAGUUCAAAUUUCAAGCCAUUGCUGCUAAGACUGGCGAUGUGACGCCUGAAAUGCUAGAUUGCAGACCUGGAGAGUCUCUUGUAGUUAACUUUGCUUUUCAGCUUCAUCAUAUUCCAGAUGAGAGUGUGUCAACCGUGAAUGAGAGAGAUCAACUUCUUCGAAUGGUGAAGAGUUUGAAACCAAAGCUGGUCACAAUUGUGGAGCAGGAUAUGAAUACCAACACAGCCCCAUUCUUCCCAAGGUUUGUGGAGGCUUACAAUUAUUAUUCAGCAGUCUUUGAUUCACUUGAUGCCACUCUUCCAAGGGAUAACACCGAUAGAAUGAAUGUCGAGAAGCAUUGCCUUGCACGCGACAUUGUCAACAUUGUGGCUUGCGAAGGUGCUGACCGCAUAGAGAGAUAUGAGGCUGCUGGAAAGUGGAGAGCAAGGAUGACAAUGGCGGGGUUUGUUUCGUGCCCAUUCGGCAGCAAUGUCAAUGCAUCGGUACGAGCAUUGCUGAAAUCAUACUGUGACCGAUACAUGAUUAAGGAGGAGCCCGGGACGCUGUACUUUGGAUGGGAGGGGAAGCCUUUGGUAGUUGCCUCAGCUUGGAAAUAAAAGUUUUCAUGCAGCCAUUUGACAUCAACCGUACGUCUGAUUCUCUAAGCAAGUUUUCAUGUGUAUAACCUUCAAAUUUCCACUGAUAUAAGACUUUCCUUCAGAAAAUUAUGCUCAUUGUGAUGAUUGUAUUAAACAAGGUAUUUAACUAGAAUUUGCUUUUGCAAAUCUAUUAGCAAGUCCUGUAAUUUUAAAAAAAAACCUUUUGUGUUUGUGUAAAGAUAUAGCAAUAAUAUAGUUGAUAA